AUGGAUCCCUCCAACACUCCCCCAUCGGCGGGCGCCAGGUUUAUCCGCAUGAUUGUCAAGAACGACUCCAUCAAGUCUGAUCCCCAUCAGAUCUACGGAUGGCGUGCCUUUGCCAUGGCGGGCUCUGCCUGCUUCGGUGGCAUGUUGUUUGGUUUCGAUAUCGGAACAAUUGGUGGUGUGCUUGAACUAGAGGAGUUCCAAGCAAAGUACAAUAUUAAAUAUCUCGACAAAGUCGGCAAGGCCAACUUGAGUGCCAACAUUGCUUCGACCCUUCAAGCUGGAUGUUUCCUCGGUUGCUUCAUCGCCUCCUGGGCCGCUGACCGCUGGGGUCGUAAGCUCGCACUCCAAGCAGCUGGUCUCAUCACAAUUGUCGGUUGCGUAAUCCAAGCCGUUGCCUCGGGUUCCCUCGCAGCCAUGUACGUGGGUCGCUUCAUCGCUGGUCUCGGGGUCGGAGGCGCAUCCAUGGUCGUCCCUCUAUACAUUUCCGAAAACGCUCCCCGUGGUAUCCGUGGAGGUCUCACCGGUCUCUACCAACUCUUCAUUGCCACUGGAAUCUCGCUCGCCUUCUGGGUAAACUACGGAUCACUUCUGCACCUCUCCGGUGGUGCCCAAGUCUACAUUGUCCCGCUCGCCAUGCAAGCACUUCCCGCUGUCCUCCUCGUCGGCUGCAUGGCCAUGAACAAAGAAUCCCCCCGUUUCCUCGCCAAGCAAGAUAAGUGGGAACAAGCCACUACUGUCCUGGCACGCGUCCGCAACCUACCUCUCUCGCACCCUUACGUCCAGGACGAAAUCAAGGAUAUUUCUGAUCAGCUCGAGCACGAGCGCAUGCUGAUUGCUGGAGCAACCAUGAAGGAUCUCCUCAAGGAAAUGUUUACCAUCCCCGGUAACCGCAAACGCGCUCUCAUCUCGAUUGGUCUCAUGGUCUGCCAGCAGAUGACGGGCACAAACGCAAUCAACUACUAUGCCCCGCAAAUCUUCAAGGCGCUUGGUCUCGAGGGUAACGAGAACAAGCUCUUCGCUACGGGAAUCUACGGUAUUGUCAAGAUGGUCGGAUGUCUUGCUUUCCUCAUCUUCGCUGCUGACUCGCUUGGUCGCCGUCGCUCGCUUCUCUGGACUUCGAUUGCUCAGGGUUUGGCCAUGUUCUACAUUGGUCUCUACAUGCGCAUCGACCCGCCCGUCGCUGGCCAGUCUGUUCCUGGUGCUGGAUAUUUCGCGCUUGUGUGCGUUUUCCUUUACGCCUGCUUCUUCCAGUUCGGUUGGGGCCCCGUGUGCUGGAUCUAUGUCUCCGAGAUCCCCACUGCUCGUCUUCGAUCGCUCAAUGUCGCUAUUGCUGCGGCUGUCCAAUGGCUAUUCAACUUUGUUGUUGCUCGUGCUACGCCUAACAUGAUUGCUACCAUGGGCGAGGGUGGCUAUGGAUGCUUCCUUCUCUACGGAUCCUUCUGUUUCACCAUGUUCCUCUUCGUAUGGUUCUUCGUGCCUGAGACCAAGGGAUUGUCGCUCGAGAAGAUGGACGACUUGUUUGGUGUUACGGAGCUGGUCAAGAACAUGGAGGCCGAUGGCGAGCGCCACGUGCGUGGCUCGAUGGACAAGAGCUCUACCAUUGUUCAAGAAGAGAAGGUCCAGCGAUAA